GCCCACCACACCCAGAGCCAGACCUGGCCAUCCAGGGCACCAUGGAGCUGCCRCCUGGCUGCCUUCUCCUCCUUGCUGCCCUGCUUCCCCUUGCCAAGAGAUCCAGCCCGGCCCCACACGCARCUGGACGAGAGGAGCUGGGGAUAGCAAAGCCYGGGUACUGCUACCACAUCUCAGAGGUGGAGAACCCGCUGGACAAGGACUGCAGCUCCUGCCACAGGGGCGCCUCCUGCUCCCACUGCACCAGCGAUGCUGACUGCCACGGAUUCACCAAGUGCUGUCCCAGCAARUGUGGCUACACGUGCCAGGAGCCAGUGUGGGAUUUCUGCUACCUGCCCUCAGUCUGUGGGAACUGCAAGGCRCUCUUCCGCCGCUUCUUCUUCAACGCCUCCAGCCAGCAGUGUGAGGAGUUCAUCUACGGCGGCUGCGGCGGCAACAGGAACAACUUUGAGACCAAGGGCGAGUGCUUCCAGGCCUGUUCCCAUGUCAGUAACUAGCCAUGUGCCGUGGGCCAUGUGCCACCGAUGGCAGCUGCUCCCAUGCCUCCCCUGUCCCCAUCUCUCAGUGCCCGGUGCCCGUUAGUGCUGGUCCAGGACGUGCAGUGGCCUCUGCACAGCCCCUGCCUGGGGGAAGCUGCUGCUGGUGGCCACAUCCCUGACCCCACAGGGAGCCAUUCCCCGCAGGGCUGGUGGCAAUGAGGGCUGUGGGCCAGGGUGGCCGUGUAUCUUGCCUGGCAUGCUCACUGGCCUAAGGACAGGGACGUGUGCCCAAGCCAGCAUGGAUAGCCCCUCCUACGCACGGUGCCUGACCCGAGGAGCCUGUCCCUCACCUUGGACUGUGACAAUACAAGGACGGGUCCUUGGAUGAGCACGUCUGGGUCUCAUCCUUCCUGCCCGUGCUGGCAGGAGCAGACAGCGCCCGACCCUCUGGGCACCCCUCCCUGAUGGGGACUGGGGGGUGGGUGCCUCCAGCAGCAUGGCAUGGCAGGG